AUGGAAAACGACAUUGGCUUGAUGGAAACGCAACUUGAGUUGAAGCGGAAUCUUAUUCGUGAUGUUCUUGGCACGAUUGAGACGCUUGAUGAAAAGGAGCACGCGAGGAAAUUGAGGAGGCAAAUGAAAAAUAUUUUAGGCGCUGAAAUUAUUCAUGAGAACGCCGAAAAUCUGAAAUUUUCAAUCGAUUUUGGGAAUUCGAUUUGUUUCGGCGCGUUUUUUGUCGCACAACUGACACUGGAGAAUCGAUCCGAAUGCGAAUUAGUGCCAUGCGUCCACACAUAUCCAAUUUCGGAAAGCUGCCGAUGGACAAUUUUUGCUGAGAAAAAUUCGCUCGAAAUUCUGUCCUCCGUCCCGUCGAAUUCGUCGGCGAUUUUGAUGAUGUCGGUGCCGAAAUCGUUGCUAUAUGCCAACAAAUCGCUGAAAGUCGUCGUCGACGCCGAAUUUUUGCCGAGAAACGCGAAAAAAUUUUCGCCAAACUUUUACGCAAUUGUCACGUCACUUCAGAAUUUCGGCGAAAUUCCGCCGCCGGCGACGUGCUCGAUGUCGAUCGAUCGGCCCAACGUUGAACGAUGCGAUUUGGCCGAACUCCAACGACACGAAUCGGCGAAUCGAGACAUUUUUGAUUUGGCUCAAUUCAUUUUGGCGGCAUUCGAGUGUCGUUCGCUUCGAGAUCCGAUUGAAUUCAGCGAAUUUCGUGAGAAAAUCGACAAUUUUCAAUGUUUUGAGCAUGACGAUCAUCGGCUUCUCAUCGGCGACGCGCAAUUUACCGGAAUCGUGUUGGUCUCGAAGCGAAAUUGUCCAAUUGAGAGGAUAUAUGGCGAAUCCCAAUUGAUCGGCGGAUUCGAGGCGUUUCUAAACUCGAAGUUUCAUUGA